GGCUCUCUCUUCACCACAAUCAAUUCCAUUUCUCUUCUCUUCACUGGCAAAACAAAGAACUACAUACACAUAUUUGUGGGAAAAACAAAAAUGGCUUUGGCUAACGCACAAAUAUAUCUGUUUCUUGUAAUGUUUUCCUUCAUGUUUCUCCAUAGUAUGGCCAACUUUAACUACGGACCUUGGGGUCGUCCAGGAAACUGGAACAAAACCAAUUGCCCCAAUGGUAAUAAUCACCCAAAUGCUACUCAAACCUCAAAUAAAUUCAACGUUGGUGGUUCAGAAAAUUGGCGUUAUGGCUUCGAUUACAUGGAUUGGGCUCGUAAAAAUGGCCCUUUCUUUGUUAAUGACACAUUAGUUUUCAAGUAUGAUCCACCGAAUCCAAAUGGAGGAUUUCCACACAGUGUAUACUUAUUACCAGACUACCGGAGCUUCAUCAAGUGCGACUUCAGAAGGGCAAAGAGGAUAGCUAAUCCGAACCAGGGUGCUGGAGAAGGAUUCGAGUUUGUGCUUAAGAAAACGCAGCCUUACUUUUUUGCUUGUGGAGAACGUGGAGGCAUCCAUUGCAACAAUGGUACCAUGAAGUUUGUUGUCAUGCCAAUCAAACGUUGGCCUUACUGAGUUGUUGCUUCAAAUUGAGAGAAUUUCAAUACAAAAUAUGAUACUACUAUUAUUGUUUUUUACAUGUUACUUUUGUUUGGAACAAAUAAUGAGUCGUAACAUUGAGUAGACUUACUAGAUAUUGGAAUUUUACUUUGGAUUUAUUGUUAUUGGAGUGUUGACCAAAGACAGAGAUUGGUAACUGUAACUUUUUCGUGUUCGGAUAUUUGAACUUUGAAGUGUUAACAAAGUCUUUCAAAUAUUUAAUCUUGAAAUUUGACUGAA